GCAGGGCGGCCGCCCCCGGUCGGGGGGAGUCGCAGGGCCGGGAGGAGCCGAGAGGAGCGCGGCUGUGGGGCGGCCCCGGGCCGGGUAAACACGCCGAGAUUCCUGCGGCCCUUCAGUGAUACAGGAUGCUGUUUCCUCUGGUGUUGUGUGCAGUUAUGCUGGUAGGGAGCAGUAAAGUUCAAGAAGAUGAAUGGAUUGACCCCACGGAUAUGCUCAAUUAUGAUGCAGCAUCAGGAACAAUGAGAAGACCUUACAAGGCAAACUAUCAUGACUCUGAGGAUAAGACUGCAGAUACAGUCAGUACUGAAAUCUCACCAAGUUGUUCCAGGACAAUAGAUUCCCUGCAACAGAAGAUUGCAGAAUGUGAGAAGAGGAAUGCCAAGUCACAGGAAAGCCGUAGCUUUUAUAUUUUUAAGCGAUACUUGAAUAAAAUUUUAAAUGAAGCUGGAAAACUUGGCCUUCCUGAGGAAAACGUGGGCCAAGUCCACUACGACGCUGAGAUCAUCCUUACAAAACAGACAUAUGUGGAGAUCCUCAGGUUUCUCAAUGAGGAGACUUGGCAGCCAGGUGCCAUGGAUGAUGCACUUAGUGAUAUUUUGAUCAAUUUUAAGCACCACGAUUAUCAAGCUUGGCACUGGAGAUUUGAAGACACUUUUGGAAUUGACCUGUAUAAUUUGUUUUUGCUGCUCUUGUGCUUAGUGUGCAUUGUAACUGUAAUAGCUACAGAGCUCUGGACACGUAUUCUUUGGUUCGUUCAGCUAAAACGUCUUUUGUUAAUAAGUUUUUUCAUCAGUGUUGCAUGGAAUUGGCUUUACUUGUAUAAGUUGGCCUUUGCUCAGCAUCAAGCAGAAAUUGCGAAAAUGGGGCAGUUUGAUAACAUCUGUGCUGAGAAGUUGGACUGGAGAGAAAGUCUUUUUGAAUGGCUUAGAAGUACAUGGACGUUACAGGACGAUCCCUGUCAGAAGUAUUAUGAAACUCUACUUGUAAAUCCUAUUUUGCUGGUUCCACCAACAAAGGCCUUGGCAAUUACUUUCACCAACUUUGUAACUGAACCUUUGAAGCACGUAGGACAAGGUAUUGGUGAAUUCAUCAAAGCACUAAUGAAGGAGAUUCCAUUCGUUCUGCAGGUUCCAGUACUAAUUAUGAUGGCUCUGGCUGUCCUGGCUUUUUGCUAUGGUGCAGGAUCAUCAGUGUCUGCCUUAAGAUACUUAACAUCUUCUCAGAGGAGAAGUCUUCCUCCACCUGACAGUCAACAGGAGCAAAUAGGCUUUAGGCAGUACGAUGGGAGGCUGUCAGAGGACUAUUACUUGCAGGAGCACCCGUAUGUGUACAGAGGACACCAGGACAGAGGAGAUGGCUCUGCGAGACCUCCCCUCACUGUGAGAGCAGCGAACGGCAGCAGGAGCCCCGACGCGGCACAGACCAGAGAUGAGCCAGAUACACACGUACAAGAGUCUCACAGACCAGAACCUAAUAAUAGGUUGUACACUGAGUCUGAAGUUCAUAGACUAGAAACUCUCAAAGCUGAAAACCAUACUAAGGAACCUGCAGUUGAGCAGCAGAAACAGGAGACAGGCAAAGCAGAGCGAGAGGCUGGAGAAAACUGUGAUCCCAAUAAAAACCUAGAAGGGAAAAGCUCUGCGAUGGAGCAAGGUGAAGAGAAGGAAAAGAACAUUUUACACAACUCCCAGGAAGGAGACUAAGGAAGGCCCGAGCUCUGCUGUGGAGUAGAGGAUUUUGCCACUGAAGCAGCUGGGAGUCUGUUCUUCUCCUGGAAGUAGCACCUCUGGUCAUCCAUUCUGUUACUCUGGAAUCGACUCAGCAGAUCAAAGAACCCUUCAUCUGCCAUUGUCUCUCGACUGCUUUUCUGAAAAGGAGAAAAGAUUUAGGGGUAUUUUGAACUUAAGAGUACCUAAAGCUGGGACAACUGCAGAGUUUAGUCCAGUCCUGUUUCAUAUUUGUGAAUCUGAAAUCUAUUAAAAUAAAUUUUUUUAGU